GGCAAUUCCACAAGCUAGCUAUUGAGAAGUAUCGAACUUUCUCUGUUAUUUUACUCUUUAAACUCUCUUAUUUCCAAACGCGAAGCCAUGACAGUAUCUUCUUCACCAUCAUCACUAUCAUUUGUUAACUCCUUCUUCUUGGUACUGUGUCUCGGAGCUGCAAUAUUAUUCCAUUUCGAAACUACCAUCUUGCUUCGCUCCUAUUGGCCUCUCACUUUAUUUCUCUUCUCUUCUCUCACCCUCUUGGCUUUCUCUCUGAAUUACUUGCUUGUUCCUGGAGGCUUUGCAUGGAGGAAUUACGAUCAUUGCAAAAGCCCUAAUAAUAAGUUUCGUGGUCCUACGGGUUGGCCCAUAUUGGGGAUUUUGCCUCAGAUGGGUUCUCGGGCUCACAGAAACCUAGCAGCCAUGGCAAGUUCGUUGAACGCGAAAAGGCUCAUGUCGUUUAGCCUAGGAACUACACCGGUUAUCAUAAGCAGCCACCCGGAGACGGCGAGGGAGAUUCUAUACAGCGUGUCGUUUUCGGAUCGUCCCACUAAGCAAUCGGCCCGCUUGCUGAUGUUUGAGAGAGCCAUAGGGUUUGCUUCCGCCGGGACUUACUGGCGCCACCUCCGGAAGAUCGCCGGCUCCAUGUUUUCUCCGAGGGGGAUCUCUGGCAUCGAGAUUCUCCGGCAACACGUGGCCGAUGAAAUGGCGAUGAGGGUUGAGAAGGAGAUGGAGGACAAAAAAGUGGUGGAAGUUCGAGGAAUAUUGCAGAAAGGGUCGUUGAGUAAUAUUCUGGAGACUGUGUUUGGAAGCAGUUUGGGAGAUCAUGAGAAGAAAGAGUUAGGUACUAUGGUUGAAGAGGGUUACGAUUUGAUUGCUGAGUUCAACUGGGAAGAUUUUUUCCCGUUAAAAUUUUUGGACGUUAAAGGUUUGAAGAGAAGGUGUCAGAAGUUGGCGGCUAAGGUAAGUGGUUUGAUUGGUCAAAUUGUGAAACAUCGAAAAGCAGAUCAGAAUCAGAAUCAUGAUCAGAAUAAUGAUUUGCUCAGUACUUUGCUUUGCUUGCCUGUUGAGGAAAGAUUGGAUGAUGCAGAUAUGGUAGCUGUUUUAUGGGAAAUGAUAUUUCGCGGCACAGACACAGUUGCGAUCCUUCUUGAAUGGAUCAUGACCAGAAUGGUUCUUCACCAAGACAUACAACUGAAAGCUCGCCAAGAAAUCGACACGUGCGUCGGAGAGAAUGGUCACGUGCGAGAGUCCGACAUUCCCAACCUCCCUUACCUUCAGGCCAUUGUCAAAGAAAGUCUCCGCCUGCACCCACCAGGCCCGUUGCUGUCGUGGGCCCGCCUUGCUGUUAAUGAUGUCCACGUGGACAAGAUGUUCGUGCCAGCUGGUACCACAGCAAUGGUUAACAUGUGGGCCAUAACACAUGAUUCAGAGAUCUGGGAGGACCCAUGGGCCUUCAAACCCGAACGAUUCAUAAAAGAAGACGUGUCCAUCAUGGGCUCGGAUCUGAGGCUAGCACCGUUCGGAGCGGGUCGUCGGGUGUGCCCUGGAAGAGCACUGGCCUUAGCCACGGUUCAUCUGUGGCUCGCAAGGUUGCUUCACAACUUCAUAUGGGUUCCCACGUCGUCUCAACCCGUGGAGCUUUCAGAAUGCUUGAGACUGUCUCUUGAGAAGACAAAUCCUCUGAGAUGCCAAGUGAUUCGUAGAAGGUAGAUGUGUGUGUGUCUGUGUCUGUGUGUUUGUACGUCGUAUAUUGUGAGAUGUGUUGUAGUAAUUUUUUUAUUUCGAUUGUGUUAUGUUUUGUGAGGGAAAAAGAACUGAGAAAUAAGCAGUUAAGUGUGAUGCAGUGUGUGAAAUGAAGCUACGUACGAAGAAACUGUAAUUCUCUCAAAUUAAUAAAUAAUCUUGAAGUUAAGAGAGA